ACGUGACUAUGCGGCGAAUGUUUUGAUUUUUGAUUUUCUCAGUUAGUGACUAGUGUGACAAGAGAAGCAAGCCGACCUCCGCAACGCCCGUCCGAGUUUUCAAAUCCGCAGGACGAACGCUCGAUGCGGUCGCCGAGGUGAUCCUCCGAACCGGAACAUGAGCGGCAUGGAAAUCGAGGAAAUGCUGCUUUACAGCGCCAGGCACGGCGACCUGUCCAUGGUCAGGGAACUGCUCGAAGCCAGGGCGCUCGGCAAGGUCAACUUCGACAUCAGUUGCAAAGGUCAGGCUAAGAGCAAUCAGGGUUGGACACCGUUGCACCUGGCAACUUACUUCGGACACCCGCGGAUGGCGCAGCUUUUGCUGGAAAACGGCGCCGACAUCGACGCCCUGAAUGACGCCGGCGACACACCUCUUCACAAGGCGGCCUUCAUCGGCAGAGAGGACCUUGUUCUGCUACUAUUGGAACGUGGGGCGUCCAUCGGCGUCAUAAAUGGCGAGGGACAAACCCCUCGCCAUGUCACCGACUGUCCUGAAGUGGCCAAACUUCUGCUGGCCGCCGAGCAGACGGACUCGAGGAGGCGUGAGGAGCGUCUCUUGGCGGCUGCCAGAAGCGGCCAACUGGAAACCAUUCACCAAAUGUUGCGGGCCGAGAGUGCACCAAACAUAAAUUGUCAGGACAAUCAGGGCAACACUUGCUUGCACUGCGCCGCUUACAGAGGACACAAGGAGGUGGCCGUGUUGCUUUUGCAGAACGGAAUCGAUACCAAGGUUAAAAAUAACAGAGGACAGACUGCUUUGGAUCUUGCCAAGGAUGAGCAAAUGCAUCAAGUUUUAAGUGUGCAGCCUGUGCGGAGGUUGUUGAAAUCUGCAACCAGAUUUGAGGGAAUGCUUCUGAAAAGGUCCAGAUUCCUGGGCUGGAAACCAAUUUGGGUUGUGCUUGAAAGAGGCGUGAUGGCGUACUUUGCGUGUCGGGCAGACGCGUGCUCAGGAGUGAAACGAAAGGACUUCAAGUACCUGGACGGCGCCCGAGUGGUGCCCAUCGAAACGGACGAGUGCUCCUUUUUGGUCAAUUUCUCCGACUCGACCGUGCACAGAUUGAGUGUUGUGAACGACGGAGAUGAUGCUCAGCAAAUCAGUAGACAGAAAUGGUUGAAUGCGCUGCAAGAGCACGCUGCCUUCAGUAGCCACUACCUCAGCCAAGGCCAAGCCAGCAUAGAUGAGGAGGACGAGGAGCCGAACACCGUCAAGCCUCUUGGGUCAAUGCAGGACGCUCUUCAGACUGCAGCAGCGCAUCACCAAGUGCUUGCCCAGAAAUUAGCAGACAGCGCUGCCAUUUUGGACUCUGCUCAGAGUAGCUCUUCCUUCCAAGACAUGACCUUAGAAAUCCACAAAAACUUCCAAAUGGUUUCGGACUCGGCAGCAAGCAUGCUCGGAGCCCUCAGCCACUGCCUUACUUUGUUCCAGCAGCAGGAAGAGGUUCGUGUGUUGCAACUGCGACAGGAGCAGGAGCGCGUGAGGGUUUUGGAGGAGGCUUUGCACGUUUUGGCCAGGGAGCACCACGAGCUGGAGCAGUCGGUGGCCAUGUCUCAAGCAGGCUCUCCGCCCAACAGCAAACGCAGCUCCCGCCUUUUUGACCCGUCAGACGAUGAGUUCUACGAUGCCUUUGAAGCAGACUCGGACAGUGACACCUUAGUCACGGCAGCCAGCCCUGAUUCCGACACCCUUCGCAGUUUCAACAUUGGCGGCCUCAGAGAAUCAGCCUCGAGUUGCACCCUGGUCUCAGGAGCGAUGAGCCCAGUUUCCAACAUGUCCUUUCACAGCGCCCUUGACAGACCACACAGCCGACGAACGCUUGCCCCAACUGGCCACAGGCAGACUCUGCCGGUGCCCAUGUUCAGUCAGAAUGACUUCAACCUGUGGUCCGUUUUGAAAAACUGCAUCGGCAAGGAGCUCAGCAAAAUCACAAUGCCAGUCAUUUUUAACGAGCCCCUUUCGUUCCUGCAACGCAUGGUCGAGUACAUGGAGUACUCGCGCCUGCUGAGGACGGCCGCGGAACAAGAGGACCCCGUCGACCGCAUGAAGUAUGUGGCGGCCUUCGCUGUGAGUGCUUUGUCUUCCAACUGGGAUCGCCUCGGCAAACCCUUCAACCCUCUGCUCGGCGAGACUUACGAGCUCGAGAGGGAUGAUUUCAGGGUGAUUUGCGAGCAGGUCAGCCACCAUCCUCCAGUGUCCGCUUUCCACGCAGACAGCCAAGACUUUAUUUUCCACGGCUCCAUCUAUCCGAAACUCAAAUUUUGGGGCAAGGACGUGGCCAUUCAGCCUAAGGGAACCGUCACUGUCGAACUGCCAAGAUGGGGCGAGGCGUACACGUGGAGCAACGUAAACUGCUACGUGCACAACAUCAUUGUGGGCAAACUGUGGAUGGAACAGUCGGGCACGAUGGAAAUCGUGAACCACCGCACCGGCCACCGCGCCUGCCUCACCUUCAAACCCGCAGGCUGGUUCUCCAAAGAACUGCACCGUGUCGAGGGCUUCAUUACUGACAAUAAAAAAAACAAACUAUUCUUCUUGUACGGCAAAUGGACGGAUUUCAUUCGGUGCACCGACUUUGACUCAUACGAGUCCUACUUUAAGGAAAACGCGCACAAGUUCAGAAAGGACAGCGACAAGAAAAGUGGCUCGACGAGCAGUCCGUCGCACUCGCGCGUUCUAAAAAAGCUCAACAGCCUGAAAAGUCCGUUCAGGAGCAGUCGCGACGAGGGUUUGAGCGGCGGCCCCUCCCUCAACCCCGAUGACCAGCCGCCCCCGGAAGUUCCCGAGGGCGAAAUCCCAAAGUCGGACUCGACCUACUCCAUCGACAUUCCUAAUUCGAGCGUCCUGUGGGAGGCACGGCCGCGACCGCCUAACACCAGUGAUUAUUUCCAGUUCACGCUAUACGCGAUGUCACUCAACGAAAUGGAGCCAGCAAUGCGAGAGAGAUUAUGUCCUACGGAUUGCAGACUGAGACCUGAUAUUCGUCUCUUGGAAGAGGGAGACAUCGACGGUGCGGCCACUGAGAAGACGCGGCUGGAGGAAAAACAGAGGGACGCGCGGAAGUUGCACAAAGCUGCAAAAGGAGAGGAACCUGCAGCCAGGUGGUUUUGCCAAGGAACGAAUCCGUACACGCGACAGGAAGAUUGGUUGUACAGUGGUGGCUAUUGGGACCGCAACUUUGAAGGUGUCCUGGACAUUUUUUAAUCUCCGCCAAAUAAAUCCGCACAUAUCCGACGUCGCUUGAGAAUUUUGCGCGAUCCAAACACAACGGAAACUCCUCGUUUAUGGGCUGCUUAGCGACAAUAUCUGUGUGGCUUAUUUUCUUAAUGCUCUUCUGGCAACGAGAGAAAAAUGCAAUAAUCUCAACUACGACGUGAACUGCCGGAGGAAUUUUUAUUUCAACAUGUUUCAAUUGAUCUGCAUUUCUCCUAAAUAAUUUAUGCAUUUAUGUUUACGGAAUCCUUGCAUGUUUCUCCUAAUUUUUAACAAAUCGGUGUCAGUUAUAUCAGUAGAGUUGUUGCAAGAAUCUUAGCUCACCAAGUCGACAGUUCUCCUUAAUGCAGCUUUUAUUAUAUAUUUUGUGACGCGAAUCCAAAAAUUACGAUUAUUAUAAAACACACGAAUUUACUUACCUCUUUUGAAAGAUGAAAAUUUUGGAAACGAUCACACUUAGAAUUAGUUUUGAAACUCCCUAAUCUCUAUUUUAUAAUUCGAAUUUCAACGCAUUGAACUUUAAAAUUAAAUUAACACGGGAAAUUCCUUUUUCAAGAAACUGUCGAUCGUCCAAGCAAUGUUGUAGACCAAAACUCGUCAAUAUAUAUGUAAAAAAAAAACAUUGCCGAGACCUUCUUGUGGGAACUAGCCAAAAAUUACUCAAUGUAUAGAGAGCUGUAAAAUUGCAUGUAAGAUAAAACAAACCAAAGACGCUAUAUUAUAAAAUGUACAAUAAACAAAGCAAC